AUGCACCAACACAAGCACAAGGACCAGAACGUCCCAAGCUACAGCAAGACCAACGGUACAAGAAUAAGCUUUACAACCAGUGCCAGCACCAGAUCUAUCACAAGUACAGGCACCAGCAGAAGCACCAGCACCAAAUUCACCACCAGCACCAGCACAAGCAUCAGCAGCAGCAGAAGCAUCAGCACCAAUACAAGCACCAGCAUGAGAACCUGCACUGGCCCAAGUUCCAGCACAAGAACCGGUACGAGAACAAGCACAAGCACCAGCACCAUCACCAGCUCUAGCACUAGCACAGGCACCAGCAAAGGCACCAUCACGAGCUCCAGCACUAGCACUAACACCAGCACCAGCACCAGCACCAGCACCAGCCUAGGCACCAGGACAGACCCAAGCGCAAGCUUCAGCACUAACACCAAUCCAGACACAAGCAGAAGCACGAGUACCAGCACCAGCUCCAGCUCCAGCACCAGCCAGUACCGGCCACACCAAAGGCACCAGCACAGCCACCAGUACCACCACCAACACCAACACCACCACCAGAACGGCCUAAGAUCCAGGACAGGCACUGGCACUGGCCAAAGCUCCAGCACAAGCUUGAUAACGAGCACAAGCGCCAGCACCAGCAUCAGCACCAAUACCACCACCACCACCAGCAUUAAUACCACCCCCAGAACCAGCACAGGCACCAGCACCAAUACAACCGCUAGCACCAGCAACAGCUCCAGCAGCAGCACCAGCACAAACACCGGAACGAGAACCAGAAGAAGCACCAGCACCAACACCAAUACUACCAUCAGCACCAAUGCCACCAGUAGCACCAGCACAGGCACAAGCACCAGCACCAGCUCCAGCACUAGCUCCAGCACCAGCACCAGCACUAGUACAGGCACCAGCUCCAGCACUAAAACAGGCACCAGGACAAGCACAAGGACAGGCACAAAGAGAGGCACUAGGACAGGCACCAGUAUCAGCACCAGCACCAGCCUAAGCACCAGGACAGGCACAAGCGCCGGCACCAGCACCAGCACCAGAUCAAGCACUGGGUCCAAUACAAGUAACAGCACUACCACCAGCAUCAGCACCGUCACCUGUACAAGCACCAGCACAAGCACCAGCACAAGCACCAGCACAAGCACCAGCACAAGCACCAGCACAAGCACCAGCAGAAGCACCAGCACAAGGAACAGCACAAGGAACAGCAACGCCACCAGUACCAGCAGCACCACCAGUGUCAGCACCACCAUCAACACCACCACAAGCACCACCACCAGCAUCAGCACCAGGACAGGCACAAGCACCAGCACCAGCAUCAGCAGAAGCACAGGCACCAAAACUAGCACCAGCACCCACAAUAGCACAGGCACAAGCACCGGCCCAAGCAUCGUCACAAGAACCGUUACGAUCACCAGCAAGAAAAACCUGCUCCUUGCAGCAAAAAAAAAGAUUGCCAAUUGACAAUUCAUUUUAGGGAAUUUAACAUGGCACCGGCACGAGCACCAGCACCAACACCAGCAUCAGCACCAGCACUAACACGAGCACCGGAACCAGCAGAAGCAAAAGCACCUGCA